AUGAGAUUUGAGCUGCCUGGACUUCCAUUGCUAGCUAAACGUGAUCUUCCCUCCUUUGUGCUUCCUCCAAGUAGCGAUCACAAAGUCUUUGCUCUUACAACAUGUAAAGAGCAUCUAGAAACAUUAGAUGCAGAAAAAAAGCCAAAAGUGCUUGUAAAUACGUUUGAUGCUCUGGAGCCUCAUGCACUUAAGGCGAUUGAAGAUUACGAGUUAAUUGGGAUUGGUCCCUUAAUUCCUUCUGCUUUUUUGGAUGGUAAAGAUCCAUCAGAUAAGGGCAUUGGUGGUGAUCUUUUUCAAAAAUCAGAGGAUUAUGUGCAGUGGUUGAACUCCAAGCCCAAAUCUUCGGUGGUUUAUGUGUCAUUUGGGAGUCUUCUGAGGCUUCCAAAAGUUCAAAUGGAGGAGAUUGCUAAAGGAUUGCUUGAGUGUGGGCGACCCUUUUUGUGGGUCAUACGAGUAAAAGAAAACCUAGAAGAAGAAAAAGACGAUGAUAAACUAAGUUGUUUGGAAGGACUGGAAAAACUGGGAAAAAUAGUACCAUGGUGUUCCCAACUUGAGGUCCUGACACAUCCUUCGUUGGGUUGUUUCGUGACUCAUUGUGGAUGGAAUUCGACAUUGGAGUGUAUAGCUUGUGGUGUUCCCGUGGUGGCGUUUCCACAUUGGGCUGAUCAAGGAACUAAUGCAAAGCUGAUGCAAGAUGUGUGGAGGACAGGCCUAAGGGUGAACCCAAGAGAAGAUGGCACCGUCGAGAGCGCCGAGAUUAAGAGGUGCAUUGAAACAAUAAUGGAUGGUGGGGAAAAAAGUCAAGAAUUGAGAGAGAACGCUAGGAAUUGGAAGAAUUCUGCAAGAGAAGCUAUGCAGGAGGAUGGUUCUUCCACUAAGAACUUGAAGGCUUUUGUUGAGGAGCUUGGAAAUUAUUGUUGA